CUCAGCAUCCAUCUACAUCUACACCUACAUACCCAUCCUACCCAACCCAACCCAACCAUCCAAACCACCAACAAAUAAUCUACAUCCAUCACCGCUCAUCCUCAACAUCACCAACCCACGAAGUACACAGUACACAUAGAACACGCUCCUACCUACCCUUUCCCCACAGAAACCUAUCAUACUCUACGCCCAACCACACCCUCAUCAUACCGCAAAACCAACAAUCCCAUCCUCCACCCACCUCUAACACUCCAUCCCAUAUCCACAACAACCAUUCAACAGAACGCAAACACCAUGCCAUCAACCACAACCACAACCACAACCACAACCACAACCCCUGGAAAACCACCACCACCACCACCACCACCACCCCCAGCAACCGCUCCUGCUCCCGCUCCCGCUCCCGCUACAGCCACUACUACCGCAUCACCUACUAAAGCACCAAUAACAACAACACCAACAACCCUCCUCUGGGCCCACGAACUCCGCCGCGAGAACCUCGAGCUCGCCGCCCGCCUCGCCGCCGCGGAGCGCACUAUCACCGCCCUAACAGACCAGCUCCAGGAUGUGCGCGCGCAAGUCCACCGGGUUUCUGUGCUGCAGCAGGCGGGAUUGCAGGACGUGGACAGGCGGAUGCAGAGGGCUGAGGACCUCGUUCGCGGGGAGGUGGGGGAGGUAAGACGGUUGGUGGAGGGGUUGCAGGUUCGGGUUGUCGGGGUGGAGGAUGCGUGGGGGGGUUUGGAUGGGCGGAAUAAUGGUGGUUAUGGGGAGGGGGAGACGGAGGUUCUGGUGCCGGAUUCGAUGCCCGCUGCUCCUGGUGGUGGUGGUGGUGCUGGUGCUACUACUGGGUUGGGGCAUGUGGUGGGUAUACCUGUGGGACUGGGGUGGGGGUUGGGGAGGGGGGGUGGGUUGUCUUCCACGGGUGAGGGGGAGAGUACAAGUACUGCGUCUACGUGGGACAGUGGGGGUUUGGAUUGUUGUGAUGGUGGAGAAGGUGAAGGAGAGGGGCGGGAUGAUGAUGUCUGUGGUGGUUCGGGGGUGAUGGUUGCUGGGAUGGCUGGGCGGGCGAGGGGGGAGGUUUGUAAGGUUGCUGUUGCUGUGCAGGGUGAUGCGGAUGGGGCUUGUGGCAGUGGUUCACGACGGACGAUCAAGAGUCAGGGUGGUGUCAGGAAUUGGUUUGAGGUGUUGGAGAAUCGGGGGAUCGUGCGCAAGAGGACGAGAGCGAGACGAUUCAUCCCGAUUGUUCCGGCUGAUGAGGAGGAUGUUCUCAUUGCGAGGGCGAUGAUGAUGGGUCAUUGAGCUGGCUAAGAGAAUCUUGAAAUCUCAUUUGAGGGGGUAUGUAUUUGUAUGUGUAA